AUGCUGAGAGCCUCAAGGCUGUACAAGGGCUCUGUCAACCGAGCAUUCGCAGCCGCAAAGCGACAUGCCAGCACAACCUCCAAUACUACUGAAGUUCGCAAGGGCUCCAUUGGUGGCAAGUUAGUUGGCGUCACAGUCGUCGGUGCAGCUACAUACGGAGGCGCUGUCUACUAUGCUACGACUGACAAAGCAUUCCGCGACACAUUCGUUUCAUACGUUCCUGGUGGCAAGGAAUCUGUCGAGUUUUUUGAAGAUCUCAAAAUAAACGAAGAGCUUACGAACUACCAAAAGCAAGCCACGACCUGGAAACAACAAGCCGAAGGAUAUGGCGCUAAAGCACAAGAGUACAGCAACCAAGCUCGCGACGCUGCUAUGGGUGCAUACGAUUACGCCAACGACACAUAUCAGAAAUUGGCCGGUCAAAAGGAAACACCUAAACUGCAGACAUCAUCACCUGUCAGUGCCAUUGAAGAAGUAAAGGUUAAAGAAGAGGCACCUAAGAAAAAGGUCGAAAUUCAGUCGGGUAAAGCCAGCGUUUCUACCGACAAAAAAGACUCGACACCUGUUGUCGAGGCUGCUAUUGAAAAGCCUGCACCCAUUGUCUUGAAGAGCAUCAAGACCAACAAUACGGUUGUCCGCGAACUGUCGACGCUGCUUAACGAGCUUGCUACGAUCUUGAACGAUACGGGCAUGUCUAGCAAGGGUCGAGAGGUUAUGAAGGAAGCUGAGGAUCAGCUUGAAGCACUCAGCAAACGUUACAGCGAGUUGGAUACGGAACAGGCUGCCGUCCUCAACUCGUUGGUGCUGUUGCAGCAAAAGAGCAAGCAGGUGGAAGCCGGCUUGGAAAAAUACCGAAACGAAGCUGCAGAUGUCCUUCAAUCGUCACACGUCGAAACUGCUCGUCGUGUUGGUGCCAAGCAGACCGAGCUUGUCAAAGAGUUCGAGGAGGCUCGCACCGAAAUGAAGAAAACGUUCGCUACCUUGUUGGCCAAGGAACUCGAUUCACAAAAAACUCAAUUAGACUCUGAACGUUCCCAGGCUCUUUUGCAACAGAGCGAAGAAAUGAAGCGACGAUUUAUUCGCGAAGUCAAGUACCUUGUUGAAAAGGAACGCGCUAGCCGCUUAGGCAAACUCGAAUUGAUCAACGCUCGAUUCACUGCUCUUGAAAAGCAAUCUCUCGAUAAUGCCGCCAACUUGGACAGAUCACGGCAGUCCCACUUGAUGCGUGUCACGUUUGGCGCGCUUCACGACGUCAUUACUCGCGUACACAAGGCAUCCUUCGUCGACGAACUCGAGGCAUUCAAGAACAGCGCCAAAUAUAAUGAACUACUCCAGGUUGUCCUGUCAUCUAUCCCCCGCGAAGUUGCUGAGGAAGGUGUCGAGUCCAUGGGCGACUUGACAACACGCUUUGAAAUUGUUGCAGACGAAGUCCGACGCGUUGCUCUCGUGCCUGAGGAUGGUGGCUUUGGAUCACAUAUCAUUAGUAUGAUCUUGGCACACUUGAUGUUCCGGAAGGAGGGUUUGGUCGAAGGCGGUGAUGUCGAGGCUAUCCUUGCACGAUCAGGCUAUCACUUGAAGAACGGCGACCUGGAAGACGCAGCGCGUGAACUUAACCAAUUGAAGGGUUGGCCGAAGCGAUUGGCACAAGACUGGAUCCUAGCUGCUCGACGCCACUUGGAAAUUCAACAAGUAUUAGAGGUUGCGGAAACACAAACUAUCUUGAACAGCUUAUUGGAAGCUUAG